CGAGCCGAGGACUAUCCCAAUCGCCAAGGGGAAGGAAAAGGGGGGAAAACCCAGCAGCAAGAACCACCAACCCCCCAGCAGCACGCCCCAUUCCUGCUGCCCUUUGACAUGCAACCUUCCUGGGGAUGGGAGCAGCCGGGAUGCAGCUGCAGCUUCGGGAGGCACUGGGGGAAACUGGGAAUCGUGGCUCUGAUGCCGGUGGAGGUGAGCGCCUGGAGCCGGGUGCUGCUGCUCUCCGUGGGGCUCCUGGCUGGAUCCGUGACGGCCCAGAACUGCAGCCACACCUUGCAGGGCCCCAACGGGACGAUCCAGAGCCCGGGCUUUCCCUACGGAUACCCCAAUUAUGCAAACUGCACGUGGACCAUCAGUGCCGAGGAGCAGCACAGGAUACAGCUGGUUUUCCACUCCUUUGCACUGGAGGAAGACUUUGAUGUGCUCUCCAUCUUCGAUGGGCUGCCCCAGCAGGGCACUCUGAGAACGAGGUUGACAGGGUUCCAGCUGCCUGCCCCCGUGGUCAGCUCGGGGGCUCUGCUGUCCCUGUGGCUCGUCAGCGACUACGCCGUGAGCGCCCAAGGCUUCCAGGCCACCUACGAGGCUCUGCCCAGCCACACGUGUGGGAAUCCGGGAAGGCUCCAGAACGGGAUCCAACAGGGGACAACCUUCAGCAUCGGGGACAGAGUGAGGUACAGCUGCAAUCCGGGCUUUUUCUUGGAAGGCCAUGCCCUGCUGACGUGCCAGGCCAGCUCCGAGAACUCUGCCUCCUGGGACUUCCCUCUCCCCGUCUGCAGAGCUGAUGAUGCCUGUGGGGGGACCCUGCGGGGCCAGAGCGGGAUCAUCUCCAGCCCCCAUUUCCCUUUGGAAUACGGCAACAACGCCGACUGCACCUGGACUAUCCUGGCCGAGCCCGGGGACACCAUCGCUCUGGUUUUCAUGGAUUUCCAGCUGGAAGAUGGAUAUGAUGUUCUGGAAGUGGCUGGGACAGAGGGAUCCUCGCUCUGGUUCACUGGGAUGAAUUUACCUGCCCCUGUGAUCAGCAGCAAGAACUGGCUGAGGCUCCACUUCACCUCUGAUGGCAACCACAGGCAGAAGGGCUUCAGUGCCCAGUACCAAGUCAAAAAGCAAAUGGAGCUCAAGUCCAGGGGGGUGAAGCUCAUGCCCAGCAAGGACAACAACCAGAAGACAUCAGUGUUAACUCAGGUUGGUGUGUCCCAGGGACAUAAUAUGUGUCCAGACCCUGGGAUUCCAGAGAGAGGCAAAAGAAUAGGCAACGAUUUUAGGUUGGGCUCCAGCAUCCAGUUCUCCUGCAACGAGGGCUACGACCUGCAGGGCUCCAGGAGCAUCACCUGCAAGAGGGUGAGCGACCUCAUCGUGGCCUGGAGCGACCACAGGCCCGUCUGCAGAGCCAGGAUGUGUGACACGUACCUGAGGGGGCCCAGCGGGGUCAUCACGUCCCCCAACUACCCGGUGCAGUACGACAACAACGCCUACUGCGUGUGGGUCAUCACCGCCCUCAACCCCGCCAAGGUCAUCAAACUCACCUUCGAAGAAUUCGAGCUGGAGAGAGGAUAUGACACCCUGACAGUGGGGGAUGGAGGCCAAGUGGGAGACCAGAAAACUGUGCUUUAUGUCGCCCUGGGAUCAGAAAAAUUCCUGGUGCAGGUCAAAGGAGCAAAAGUUUCCUGCUUUUUCAACUUCACCAGCCCGGCGGGGAUCGUGCUGUCCCCCAACUACCCCGAGGAGUACGGCAGCAGCCUGCACUGCGUGUGGCUCAUCAUCGCCAGGCCCGAGAGCAGGAUCCACCUGGCCUUCAACGACUUCGACGUGGAGCCCCAGUUUGAUUUCCUGGCCGUGAAGGACGGCGGCACCGCCGAGUCCCCGGUGCUGGGCACCUUCUCAGGGAACCAGAUCCCCUCCUCCCUGACCAGCAGCGGCCACGUGGCCAGGCUGGAGUUCCAGACCGACCACUCCAUGGAGAAGAGAGGCUUCAACAUCACCUUCACCACGUUCCGGCACAACGAGUGUCCCGACCCCGGCGUGCCGGUCAACGGGAAGCGCUUUGGGGACAGCCUCCAGCUGGGCAGCUCCGUGUCCUUCCUGUGUGACGAGGGUUUCAUCCGCACCCACGGCUCCGAGACCGUCACCUGCGUCCUGCAGGAGGGCAACGUGGUGUGGAACCACCCCGUGCUCAGGUGUGAAGCACCCUGUGGUGGCCACCUGACAUCGCCCAGUGGCACCAUCCUGUCCCCUGGCUGGCCUGGCUUCUACAAGGACUCGCUGAGCUGUGCCUGGGUCAUCGAGGCCCAGCCUGGCUACCCCAUCAAGAUCACCUUUGACAGGUUCAAGACAGAGGUGAACUACGACACGCUGGAAGUGCGGGACGGCCGCUCCUACUCCUCCCCCCUGAUCGGGGUCUACGACGGGACCCAGGUGCCCCAGUUCCUCAUCAGCACCAGCAACUACCUCUACCUCCUGUUCACCACUGACAAAAGCCACUCUGACAUUGGCUUUCAGAUCCGAUACGAAACUGUGAAGCUCCAGUCCGACCACUGCCUGGAUCCCGGGAUCCCGGUGAACGGACAGCGCCACGGCAACGAUUUCUACGUGGGAGCCCUGGUGACCUUCAGCUGUGACUCAGGAUACACCCUGAGUGACAGCGAGGCCCUGGAGUGUGAGCCAAACUUCCAGUGGAGCCGCCCCCUGCCCAGCUGUGAGGCUCUCUGUGGAGGUUACAUCCGUGGCUCCAGUGGUACCAUCCUGUCCCCAGGCUUCCCCGAUUUUUAUCCCAACAACUUGAACUGCACGUGGACAAUAGAAACAUCCCAUGGAAAAGGUGUGUUCUUCACCUUCCACACCUUUCACCUGGAGAAUGGGCACGACUACCUCCUCAUCACCGAGAACACCAGCUUUGCCCAGCCCCUGCAGCAGCUGACGGGGUCCCGCCUGCCGGCCCCGCUCAGCGCGGGGCUCUUCGGCAACUUCUCGGCCCAGAUCCGCUUCAUCUCCGACUUCUCCAUGUCCUACGAGGGCUUCAACAUCACCUUCUCAGAGUAUGACCUGGAGCCCUGUGACGAGCCAGAGGUGCCGGCCUACAGCAUCAGGAAGGGGCUGCAGUUCGGGGUGGGGGACGUGCUCACCUUCUCCUGCUUCCCGGGGUACCGGCUGGAAGGAGCCUCCCGGAUCACCUGCCUCGGGGGGAGGCGGCGGGUGUGGAGUUCGCCUCUGCCAAGGUGUGUUGCUGAAUGUGGCUCCUCUGUCACUGGAACCCAGGGUGUGCUGCUGUCCCCCAACUACCCACUCAACUACAACAACAACCACGAGUGCAUCUACUCCAUCCAGACCCAGCCAGGGAAGGGGAUCCAGCUGAAAGCCAGGACGUUUGAGCUGGAGGCAGGAGAUGUCCUCAAGGUCUAUGAUGGCACCAACAGCUCUGCCCGGCUGCUGGGCACCUUCAGCCGCUCGGACAUGCUGGGCACCAGCAUCAACAGCACCUCCAGCUCCAUGUGGCUGGAGUUCAUCACCAACUCUGCCAACACCAGCAAAGGCUUUGAGCUGCAGUUUUCCAGUUUCGAGCUCAUCAAGUGCGAGGACCCCGGAGUGCCCCAGUUUGGGUACAAGGUGCACGACGAGGGACACUUUGCUGGCAGCUCCGUGUCCUUCAGCUGUGACCCCGGGUACACCCUGAGGGGCAGCAGGGUCCUGGGCUGCCUGACUGGCGAGAGGAGAGCGUGGGACCAGCCCCUGCCAACCUGUGUAGCUGAGUGUGGAGGGACCAUCAGAGGAGAGGCCUCGGGGCGGAUCCUGUCCCCGGGUUACCCGACCCCCUACGACCACAACCUCAACUGCAUCUGGACCAUCGAGGCAGAGCCUGGCUGCACCAUAGGGCUCCACUUCAUGGUUUUCCACACCGAGGAGUUCCACGACGUGCUGCGGAUCUGGGACGGGCCGGUGGAGAAGGGGAUCCUGCUGAGGGAGCUCAGCGGGUCGGGGCUCCCCGGGGACGUGCACAGCACCUUCAACUCCCUCAUCCUGCAGUUCAACACCGACUUCUUCACCAGCAAGCAGGGCUUUGCCAUCCAGUUCUCAGUUUCCACUGCCACGUCCUGCAACGACCCGGGAAUUCCCCAGAAUGGGAGCCGGAGCGGGGACAGCAAGGAGGCAGGAGAUUCCAUCACCUUCCAGUGCAACCCGGGCUAUGCCCUGCAAGGGGAGGCCCAAAUCACCUGUGUGCAGGUCGAGAACAGGUUUUUCUGGCAGCCAGACCCUCCCUCCUGCACAGCUCCCUGUGGAGGGAUCCUGACGGGCCCCUCGGGGGUGAUCCUGUCCCCCCAGUACCCCGAGCCCUACCCCCCUGGCAAGGAGUGUGACUGGAAGCUCACGGUGUCUCCAGACUAUGUCAUUGCCCUGGUGUUCAACAUCUUCAGCCUGGAGCCUGGCUAUGAUUUCCUUCACAUCUACGAUGGCCCUGACUCCCUGAGCCCCCUGAUUGGGAGCUUUUAUGGCUCCCAACUCCCCGAGAGGAUCGAGAGCAGCAGCAACAGCCUGUUCCUGGCGUUCCGGAGCGACGCCUCCGUCAGCAACACCGGCUUUGUCAUCGAGUACACAGAAAACCCCCGGGAGUCGUGCUUCGACCCGGGCUCCAUCAGGAACGGCACCCGCGUGGGCUCGGACCUCAAGCUGGGAUCCACCAUCACCUACUACUGUGACGGGGGGUACGACAUCCAGGGGGUCUCCACCCUCACCUGCAUCAUGGGAGGGGAUGGAAAACCCACCUGGAACAAACCCCGCCCCACCUGCACAGCUCCCUGUGGGGGUCAGUACACGGGCUCCGACGGCGUCGUCCUGUCUCCGAAUUACCCCCAAAACUACACCACUGGCCAGGCCUGCUUGUACUUCAUCGUGGUGCCCAAGGACUAUGUGGUCUUCGGGCAGUUCGCCUUCUUCCAAACCGCGCUCAACGACGUCGUGGAGGUCCACGAUGGCCCCAACCAGCACUCCAGGCUCCUCAGCUCCCUCUCUGGCUCUCACACAGGUGAAUCCUUGCCCUUAGCUACCACCAACCAGAUCCUCAUCAAAUUUAGCUCCAAGGGUCAAUCCACAGCCAAAGGUUUUCAUUUUGUCUACCAAGCCGUGCCCAGGACCAGUGCCACGCAGUGCAGCUCCGUGCCAGAGCCGCGCCACGGCCGCCGCCUGGGCAGCGACUUCGCCGUGGGCGCCGUGGUGAGGUUCGAGUGCAGCCCCGGCUAUGCCCUGCACGGCUCCCCCACCAUCGAGUGCCUCACCAUGCCCGGGGCCCUGGCACAGUGGAACGUGUCUGUGCCCACCUGUGUGGUGCCGUGCGGUGGGAAUUUGACGGAGCGCAAGGGAACCAUCCUGUCCCCGGGGUUCCCCGAGCCCUACCUGAACAGCCUCAACUGUGUGUGGAAGAUCACAGUCCCUGAAGGAGCAGGGAUCCAGAUCCAGGUGAUCAGUUUUGUCACUGAGCAGAACUGGGAUUCCCUGGAAGUGUUUGAUGGAGGGGAUAACACGGCCACCAUGCUGGGGAGUUUCUCUGGGACUACAGUGCCUGCUCUGCUCAACAGCACUUCAAACCAGCUCUAUCUGCAUUUCUACUCGGAUAUCAGUGUCUCUGCUGCCGGCUUCCACCUGGAAUACAAAACCGUGGGUCUGUCCAGCUGCCCGGAGCCCCCCGUUCCUGGGAAUGGCCUGAAGAUCGGGGAGCGCUACUUGGUGAACGACGUCGUGUCCUUCCAGUGCGAGCCGGGCUACGCCCUGCAGGGUCACUCCCACAUUUCCUGCAUGCCGGGCACCGUCCGCCGCUGGAAUUACCCUCCGCCGCUCUGCAUCGCCCAGUGUGGAGGAACAGCAGAAGAGAUGGAAGGAGUGCUCCUGAGCCCAGGCUUCCCAGGAAAUUAUCCCAGCAACCUGGACUGCACGUGGAGGAUAUUGCUGCCAGUGGGGUUUGGUGCUCACAUCCAGUUCCUGAACUUCUCCACCGAGCCAAACCACGACUUUGUGGAGAUCCGGAACGGGCCCUACGACACCAGCACCGUCAUCGGGCGCUUCAGCGGCGCCGAACUGCCCGGCUCCCUCCUGUCCACCUCCCACGAAACCACCGUGUACCUGCACAGCGACCACUCCGAGAACAAGCCAGGCUUCAAGCUGGAAUACCAAGCCUACGAGCUGCAGGAGUGCCCCGACCCGGAGCCUUUUGCCAACGGGGUGGUGAGAGGGGCCGGGUACAACGUUGGCCAGUCCAUCUCCUUCGAGUGCCUCCCUGGCUUCCACCUGAUCGGCCACCCCGUGCUGACCUGCCAGCACGGCACCAACAGGAACUGGGACCACCCCCUGCCCCGCUGUGAAGUGCCUUGUGGGGGGAAUGUCACCACCCAGAAUGGGACAGUUUACUCCCCUGGCUUCCCCAACCAGUACCCCAAUUCCCAGGACUGCACUUGGCUCCUCACGGUGCCCGUGGGAUAUGGGAUCCACCUCAACUUCACCCUGCUGCAGACAGAGCCCUACAACGACUUCAUCACUGUGUGGGAUGGAGCCCAGCAAACAGCCCCCCAGCUGGGUGUGUUCACUGGCAACUCUGCCAAGAAAUCAGCCCAGAGCUCCUCCAACCAGGUCCUGCUGAAGUUCCACAGCGACGCAGCCAACGGGGGCAUUUUUGCCAUUUAUUUCUAUGCCUACCAGCUGUUCCGGUGCCAGCCCCCCACCAUGGUCCCCAACGCCGAGAUCAUCACUGAGAACGAGGAGUUCAACAUAGGUGACAUAGUGAGGUACAGGUGCCUGCCCGGCUUCACCUUGAUCGGAAACGAAAUCCUGACCUGCAAACUCGGCACUCACCUCCAGUUUGAGGGGCCUCCCCCCACGUGUGAAGUUCACUGCCCCAUGAACCAGGUGAUGACAGACUCCACUGGUGUGAUCCUCAGCCAGAGCUUCCUGGGGAGUUACCCCCACUUCCAGACCUGUUCCUGGGUGGUGAAGGUCGAGCCUGGGUACAACAUCUCCCUCACCAUCGAGUACUUCCUCAGUGAGAAGCAGUACGACGAGUUUGAGAUCUUUGAUGGUCCCUCUGGCCAGAGUCCCCUGCUCCUGUCUCUGAGUGGGAACUACUCAGCCCCUCUGACCGUGACCAGCAGUGGGAACAACGUCUUCCUCCGCUGGUCCUCGGAUCACGCCUACAACAGGAAAGGCUUCAAAAUCCGCUACUCUGCUCCUUACUGCAGCCUCCCCCAGCCCCCAGCCCACGGGAUGAUCCUGAGCCACACCGGGCUGAGCCCCGGCAGCUCCGUCCGCUUCGGCUGCGACUCCGGGUACCGCCUGGCCGGGCACAGCACCAGCACCUGCACCCAGCACCCCCAGGGCUACUUCCACUGGAGGGAGGCCAUCCCUCUGUGCCAAGCUCUGUCCUGUGGAGUUCCCAGAGCCCCGAGGAACGGGGUUGUCUUUGGCAAGGAGUACACAGUGGGCACAAAGGCCGUGUACCACUGCAACCAGGGCUUCCAGCUGCAGCCAGGAUCAGAGCCCAGCACCGAGUGCCUGCAGUCGGGGCAGUGGAGCAACGGGAACCAGCCCCCCCAGUGCGUGGCCGUCGCCUGUCCCGACAUCGGCAGCAUCGCGGUGGAGCACGGCCGGUGGAGACUCACCUACGAGAUCCAGUACCACUACAACGCCCAGCUCAUGCUCAUCUGCGACCCUGGCUACUACUACACGGGCCAGAGGGUCAUCAGGUGCCAGGCCAACGGCAAGUGGAGCAUAGGGGAGCCCAUGCCCACCUGUAAAAUUAUCUCCUGCGGGGACCUGCCGACGCCUCCCAACGGGAACAAGAUCGGGACCCUGACCAGCUACGGGGCCACAGCCAUCUUCUCCUGCAACACUGGCUACACCCUGGUGGGCUCCCGGGUCAGGGAGUGCAUGGCCAACGGGCUCUGGAGCGGGGCAGAGGUCAGAUGUCUGGUUGUAAACUGUACUGACCCCGGGCACCUGGAAAACAGCGUCCGGCAAGUGCAGCCCAGCGGGCCCCACAGAUUCAGCUUUGGAACAACUGUGUCCUAUCAGUGCAGCCAUGGAUAUUACCUGUUGGGGACACACGUCCUCACCUGUCAGGGGGAUGGCACUUGGGACCGUGCCCUCCCACAGUGUCUUUUGGUGUCCUGUGGCCACCCCGGGUCCCCUCCCCACGCCCAGAUCUCGGGGGACAAGCACACCGUGGGCUCCGUGGUCCGGUACAGCUGCCUCGGGAAGCGGACGCUGGUCGGGAAUUCCACGCGGAUGUGCCAGCUGGACGGGCGCUGGAGCGGGGCCCUGCCCCACUGCUCAGGGGGCAGCCAGGGCGUGUGUGGUGACCCGGGGAUCCCCUCCCAUGGCAUCGGGCUGGGGGACACCUUCGACGUGGGCAGCGUGGUGCGGUUCAGCUGCGAGCCCGGCUACACCCUGCGCGGCUCCUCCGACAGGACCUGCCAGGCCAACGGCUCCUGGAGCGGCACCCAGCCCGAGUGUGAAGUGAUAUCCUGUGGGAACCCAGGAACCCCCAGCAAUGCCAGGGUCAUCUUCAAUGACGGCCUGGUCUUCUCCAGUUCCAUCAUUUACCAGUGCAGGGAGGGCUAUUACUCCACAGGGGUGCUGAGCAGGCACUGCACCGUGAACGGGACGUGGACUGGGACCAGUCCAGAGUGCACAGUGAUCAACUGCGGCGACCCCGGCGUGCCGGCCAACGGCGUCCGCCUGGGCUCCGACUUCACCUACAACCAGUCCGUGGUGUUCCAGUGCACCCCCGGCUACAUGAUGGAGUCAGACAGGGCCUCCUCCCUCACCUGCACCAAGGACCGCACCUGGAAUGGCACCAAACCCGCCUGCAAGGCCAUCACCUGCAGAGCCCCCCAGGCCAUUCCCAACGGGAAGGUGGUGGGCACGGAUUUCAGCUGGGGGGCCAGCGUGAGCUAUGCCUGCCUGGAGGGGUACCAGCUGUCCCUGCCCGCCGUGCUGACCUGCGAGGGCAACGGCACCUGGAGCGGGGACGUCCCCCAGUGCUUCCCUGUGUUCUGUGGUGACCCAGGGACCCCAGCCCAGGGCAGGAGGGAGGACAGAGGCUUCACCUACCGCUCCUCCGUGUCCUUCUCCUGCCUGGCCCCGCUCGUGCUGGUGGGCUCAGCCCGGAGGUUCUGCCAGUCUGACGGGACGUGGAGUGGGACCCAGCCCAGCUGCAUAGACCCCAGCCUCACCACGUGUGCGGACCCCGGCGUGCCUCUCUUUGGGAUGCAGAACAAUUCCCAGGGAUACCAGGUGGGAAGCAUCAUCUUUUUCAAGUGCCAGAAGGGGUACCUGCUGCAGGGCUCCACCACCAGGACCUGCCUCCCCAACCUGACGUGGAGCGGCGUCCAGCCCGACUGUGUCCCUCACCACUGUAAGCAGCCGGAGACACCUUCCCAUGCCAACGUGGGAGCUCUGGAUUUGCCAUCCCUGGGCUACACCUUGAUCUACUCCUGCCAGAGCGGGUUCUACCUCACCGGAGGCUCCGAGCACAGGACCUGCAAAGCCGACGGCAGCUGGACAGGGAAACCCCCCAUCUGCCUGGCUGACGUCCGUCCCAGCGGGAGGCCGGUGGGCACCGCGCGGGACCCGCCGCUCGCCAAGCUCUCAGUGCCUGCGGACGUGUUCGCGAGGAACUCCCUGUGGAAAGGCUCCUACGAGUACCUGGGCAAGAAGCAGCCUGCCAUGCUGUCUGUCACCAGCUUCGACCCUGCCACCAGUAAAGUCAAUGCCACCCUGAUAGACCACAGUGGUGUGGAGCUCCAGGUGUCUGGCAUUUACAAGAAGGAAGACGUGCACCUGCUCCUCCAGGUUUACCAGAUCAUGGGGCCGGUGGAGAUCUUCGUCAACAAGUUCAAGAACGAUAAAUGGGCUCUGGAUGGACACGUCUCAUCGGAGUCUUCGAGCGGCACCUUCGUGUACCAGGGCUUCGUGAGGGGCAAAGGCUUCGGGCAGUUUGGCCUCCAGAGACUCGACCUUAGCAUGAUGGAAACGGAUCCUGAAUCCAUAGGACACCACUUUGCAUCCAACAGCAGCUCCGUGGCAGCCGCCAUCCUCGUGCCUUUCAUCGCCCUGAUUAUUGCAGGGUUUGUGCUUUAUCUCUACAAACACAGGAGAAGACCAAAAGUCCCGUUCAAUGGCUAUGCUGGCCACGAGAACACCAACGUGAGGGCCACCUUCGAGAACCCCAUGUACGACCGGAACCUGCAGCCCACGGACAUCAUGGCCAGCGAGGCCGAGUUCACAGUGAGCACGGUGUGCACGGCAGUAUAGCACCCACCCCCCUGAUCGCUCCGGGGUCGGCGUCUGGUGGAUGAUUGUGUUUCACCUCACUAGUCUCCAUCCAUCCCCUGCCCAUCUCCCUCCUCCCAACCUUUUGCUGAGGCUGUGGAGAAGCUGCUGCACCUCGUUGGACUUUGUGUGACCUCCUGAGGGACCGCUGGGUUUGUCCUCUGUCGUCCUUCCCCGCCCGGGUCCGCCCGCUCUCCAUCCUGGAUCACGAAGCCAACCAAAGGUCUGCUCCUGCUCAGCUCCCCCCUCCCACCCUGCCAGGGGGGCUCAGCCCAACUUCCCUGGGCAAGGGGAGCACCUGGGAAGGCUUUUCCAACCUGCUCCUGGUGGUGUGUUCCCAGAGGGAGCCGUGGGAUGUGUGGGGGCCCCACCAGCUGCCCCCCAACUUUGGGAAGAGCUCGGGCAACAAAGGGGUUGUGCACAAGGUGCUGACUGGAUUUAUGGACAACACCAGGAUAGGAAAGGAUGAGCUCUAGUUCUGUCUGUGUUUGGACUUGUGGGAUAUUUGUUUGUUGUUUUUUCUACCCCCCCAGGGCUCUGGCAGAGGAAGGGUUUUCAAAUGGGACCCUCCCGAUGGGAAAAGCGAAACUUUGGAAGCUUUUUCCCCUCUUCCUCGUUUCUUUUUCCUUUGGGCAUUCUUGCUGGGGAUUUUUCUGCCCUGUGUUCAUUCCUGCAGCUCUCAGGGCUGGGGAGGAAACACUCCCUCUCUCCCUGGCUGCUGAUCUGAGCUGUGUCCAAAACCCCCUGACCAGGAAACCGCUGACAGACACCGAGGGACAAAAACCUCUUUAAAAAGAUAACAAAUCCUGAUUUCCCCCCCAAAAAGCCUUUGCCCUUUUCAUAUUGAUCCUCCAAAAUGGCAACUCCAAAUAAGAGUUUUAAUUUCUCUCCAGAGCUGCUCCCUUUAUUUCCCAGGGGCACAGAGGUUGCCUUGGCUUUCAGGGGAGCAGAUAAGGCAGCUUGACAUUUCUCCUGCCUUAGAAGACAACGAGGCUUUGGUGAGUUUGGCCUCCUCUGAUGAGGAGCAGAGCUGCUCUUGUUGAUCCAGGCUUUGAGGCUGUUUGCUCUGAAGGCCCAUUUUUGGAGCCAGGGGAGGCAGCAGUGACAUUUCCCAGGUGAGAAGUGAAAUCCUGUGUCACCGAGGCAGCUUCCUCCUGCAGGAGACUGCAAGGGAAAUCAGCAUUAAACCUCGAGGGUGGUGUUUACAUCCAUGCUCUCACAUCCAAGCACUAGUUUUUUUCCCCUCCCUGAUGUCAGCUGAGGUUCUGCCUAAUGAAAACCACAGGGUAGGUUUGUUUUUUAUUUUUCCCUGGUUUGUUUAUUCUUUUACUCUGUGUGUGUGUGCGUGCGUGUGUGUGUGUGUGUAUAUGUAUAUAAAUAUAUAUUAUUUUUUUUACUUAGAGUAAAGCAGCAUUCUCCAGCCUCGUGGCUGGACAGCCAGCCUGCCAAAAAAAAAAUGCCACCUCCGCUGCCCAAAGCAGGAAAAGGUGCUGGGAUUUCUCCCUGAGGGGUGGGAGAAGGAGCCAGAGCCCUGAUCCCACGUGGGCAGGGGUGGGAGAAGGAGUCAGAGCCUUGAUCCCACGUGGGCAGGGGUGGGAGAAGGAGUCAGAGCCCUGAUCCCACGUGGGCAGGGGUCAGGGAGGUGCUGCCCACGUGGGGCUGGGCACACAGGGAGCCCAGGGCAGGCUGAGCCGUGUCCUGCAGCAGGGAGUGCUCCCAGAAACCCAGGGAGAGGCUUCCAGGCCUGAAUUCCAUGGGCAGCCAGGCUGGGCUGUCCCUCUGGGGGCUCCCCCAGCUCGCAGGACAAGGAUCCCAGAAGGGUCAGGGACAGAGGGGACCCAGCUGGGCUGGGGGGACACUCAGGUGUGGGGCCAAGGUUUGUCCCCCCUCAGUUCUGAGCGACCCCAGGGAGGGCAGAGCUGGGAGAUUCCCGUGGAUCCCAGGCUUGCUCCUGCAGGGAAACAGCUGCUUCCUGCCUCCAGCUGGGCUCUCCUGGCCCACCCUUGACCCCCAGGUCCCUUCCAACCUAAAUUAUCCCGGGAUUCGUGCCCCUGGCCAAACCCACCCCUGCUCUGUCCCUGCUGCUCCAGCACCCGCCGUGUCCCAGCUCCUCUCCCAGCGCCCAAAAUCCCAACCCCUCUGUGGCAGCAGAGCUUGGAGCUCUCCAGGUUCCUGUCACUGAGCUCCACAAAAGCCUCUCCAGGCUGGGAAGGUGCCAAAGGCCCCGAGGGUGCUCCGUGUGGAGAGCAGGGAUGGCCACACAUAACGCACACGUUGGCUCUCCAGACCUUCCUGACUCCCUCUCAUCCCAUGGAAUAACCAGGAGAAACUCGUGUCAAGGUGUGUAAAAAUAACCCCAAAUUAUUUAAACACCCAUGCAGGGGGAGAGGGGAAGCUCUGCCUAAACAAGAUUUGCUGCUUUUGACCCAUUUAAGUACCUUUUUCUGCUGUUGCCCAAGUAGCAAAGGAAGUGGAAGGGGGUUUAUCCCGAUUUUUUUGCAAGCUGGCUGGGACCUGAUGCGUGACAUUUCUCCAUCCUUGUGCCCAGAGGACUUGCAUUACGUUAAAAAAAAAAAAAAAAAA